AUGGGCUCCAGUCGUGCGCCUCUCGGACGAGCUCCAGCCUGACGGACCGCGGAGGGAGGGGACCCCGACUCCCGCUGACGCUGCUUCACCCCGGCUUUUUCUCCUUCGGAGUGGCUUUUCCCUCACAGGACGGAGCGGACGGACUUUGCUGUGUUGACAAGGAUCAGGAAGCUGUGCUGGCCGUGGUUUGAGAAAGGAACAUGGCUUCCCAGGGUGAGUUUCCAGCUGAUCUGAUGGAGCUGGACAUGGCCAUGGAGCCAGACCGUAAGGCAGCAGUCAGUCACUGGCAGCAGCAGUCCUAUCUGGAUUCAGGUAUCCAUUCAGGAGCCACUACAACAGCGCCCUCCCUCAGUGGGAAGGGUAACCCAGAGGAGGAUGAUGUCGACAACAACCAGGGCAUGUACGAGUGGGAGCAGGGCUUCAACCAGAACUUUUCCCAGGAUCAAGUACAAGACAUAGAUGGUCAGUAUGCCAUGACGCGUGCCCAGCGGGUCCGUGCAGCGAUGUUCCCCGAGACUCUUGAAGAGGGCAUGCAGAUCCCGUCUACACAGUAUGAUGCAGCAAAUCCAACCAAUGUCCAGCGACUGGCAGAGCCCUCACAGAUGUUGAAACAUGCUGUGGUCAAUCUGAUCAACUACCAAGACGACGCUGAGCUGGCAACCAGAGCUAUUCCGGAACUCACCAAACUCCUCAAUGAUGAGGACCAGGUUGUAGUAAACAAAGCGGCAGUGAUGGUGCACCAACUUUCAAAGAAAGAAGCUUCACGCCACGCCAUCAUGCGCUCCCCUCAGAUGGUUUCUGCCAUCGUCAGGACCAUGCAAAACACAAAUGACGUAGAGACAGCUCGCUGCACUGCUGGAACCCUCCACAACCUGUCCCACCACCGAGAGGGUCUGCUGGCCAUCUUCAAGUCUGGAGGAAUACCAGCGCUAGUGAAAAUGCUGGGUUCACCGGUGGAUUCUGUCCUGUUCUACGCCAUUACCACCCUCCACAACCUCCUCCUACACCAAGAAGGAGCCAAGAUGGCAGUCCGUUUAGCUGGUGGUCUACAGAAAAUGGUUGCUCUGCUCAGUAAAACCAAUGUCAAGUUCCUGGCUAUCACCACUGACUGUCUCCAGAUUCUUGCCUAUGGAAAUCAGGAAAGCAAGUUGAUCAUCCUGGCCAGUGGAGGCCCCCAGGCACUGGUCAACAUCAUGAGGACCUACACCUACGAGAAACUGUUAUGGACCACAAGCCGUGUCCUCAAAGUUCUGUCAGUGUGCUCCAGUAACAAGCCUGCCAUUGUAGAAGCUGGAGGCAUGCAGGCUCUGGGACUCCACCUGACCGACCCCAGCCAGAGACUGGUCCAGAACUGUCUCUGGACUCUCAGGAACUUAUCAGAUGCUGCCACCAAACAGGAGGGAAUGGAGGGUCUUCUUGGAACCCUGGUCCAGUUGCUCGGCAGUGACGACAUUAAUGUUGUGACCUGCGCUGCCGGCAUUCUGUCAAACCUGACUUGUAACAACUACAAGAACAAGAUGAUGGUCUGCCAGGUUGGAGGUAUUGAGGCGUUGGUUCGCACAGUGCUCCGGGCUGGAGACAGAGAAGACAUCACAGAACCAGCUGUUUGUGCGCUGCGUCACCUCACAUCUCGACACCAGGAUGCAGAGAUGGCCCAGAACGCCGUCAGGCUGCACUACGGUCUGCCUGUUGUUGUAAAGUUACUGCACCCCCCCUCACACUGGCCACUCAUUAAGGCUACAGUUGGUUUGAUCCGUAACCUGGCUCUAUGUCCUGCCAACCACGCCCCCCUGAGGGAGCAGGGCGCCAUCCCCAGACUGGUCCAGCUGCUGGUCAGAGCCCACCAAGACACACAGAGACGCACCAGCAUGGGGGGGACACAGCAGCAGUUUGUGGAGGGGGUUCGUAUGGAGGAGAUCGUGGAGGGAUGCACAGGAGCUCUUCAUAUCCUGGCCAGAGACGUCCACAACAGAAUAGUCAUCAGAGGACUGAACACCAUUCCACUGUUCGUACAGCUCUUGUAUUCUCCCAUCGAGAACAUCCAGCGUGUAGCGGCCGGCGUCCUGUGUGAACUGGCCCAGGAUAAAGAGGCGGCUGAAGCCAUCGAAGCAGAGGGCGCCACCGCGCCGCUAACGGAGCUGCUACACAGCCGCAACGAAGGAGUCGCCACGUAUGCAGCAGCUGUUCUGUUCCGUAUGUCAGAGGACAAACCCCAGGACUACAAGAAACGCCUGUCAGUAGAACUCACCAGCUCCCUCUUCAGGACAGAACCAAUGGCAUGGAAUGAGACUGGAGAACUUGGUCUGGACAUGGGCGCUCAGGGAGAACCUCUGGGAUACAGACAGGAAGACCCCAGUUACCGUUCUUUCCAUUCGGGGGGGUACGGAGGGGACUCGAUGGGCAUGGAGCCCAUGAUGGACCAUGAUCUGGGUGGGGCCCACCACCCUGGCCAGGACUACCCCCCUGUAGAGGGUCUUCCUGACCUGGGCCACGCCCAGGAGCUGAUCGAAGGCCUGCCCCCCGGAGACUCCAACCAACUGGCCUGGUUUGACACCGACCUGUAAAUACGAGCCCAACAUUAACUACACUUUGUACUAGCUGUAUCAUGUGAUCUGGAUGAACCUGCAUGGUGAUUGGCCCAUCUGGAGGAGGCGGGGUUUCAGAAAGUGCCUGAAGACGACUCUCCAACAGCGAGCAGAGGUUCCUGUAGUUCUGCAGGAGCUCCACAGGGUUGUGUAUCAGCCCGACCGUGGGCAGAUCUGACCCUGACAUGACACACAGUCUGAUCUGAUGUUGAAUUAUUAUCCGUUUGUCUCUUAUGUUUGACUUUUCACUUUUGCUUUUACUUUUUUAUUCCGUUUUUCUCACGUCUGUAAUGGUACAGGUUGAUUUUUAACUUUGUCCUUAUUCUGAAUUUAUGAUACUCAUCUGGGUUUUUUGUGUCUUUUGAAUAUGUUCAGUUUUUCUUUUUUUUCAUUUUUUUUUUUUUUUUUUUUGAUAAUGCGACGCUCCAAGUACAAACCUGACAUUUUCAGUGGUGUCCAAACACUCGAGUUCAUCAUUUGACUUGUAUUCUGAUCAACCGGUGUAACAUUGUGUAGCUUUUGUAUAAAACAGGAAUUGGAAACAUGGUCCAAAUAUGAAGCUAUUUUCUUGCUUUAAAGGCGGCAUUGGGGUGUCUCUUCUGUUCCAAAGGGGGUGUGCCUGACCGAGCUGGUGGGUGUGUCCGGACCAGAUGGAGGAGGGCUCUUACUUGUCCGCUGUUACUAAGGGGUGGGGUUGUGGGAGGAGCUGGUUGCUGUAGCCUGCUGUGUUCAAUAAAAUGGACUCAUUUCA